GUCGUAUGUCUGUUCCCCACCGGCCAGCAUGCAAAACAUGUGAAUGUUUGACAGUGCAGUGCAGUUAUAAUUCUCAAAGUGCAUCAAAGUGUCUUAAGUGUAAGCUACCCAACUCGUACAGUCGUGACGGAAACCUUUGUUGUCAGAGGCGGUUUGUUGUGGUAGUUUUAGCACAGUGACCGCAGAAGUUUAAGGAAGAAGGUUCUGAAUAUCCACCUUGCGGCGAUAGACAGCACACAUCAUCAGCCAGCAUGUUGUACCUGGUCGGCCUCGGACUUGGGGAUGCCAAAGACAUCACCGUGAAGGGUCUGGAGGUGGUUAAGCGCUGCACUCGGGUCUAUCUGGAAGCCUACACGUCCAUACUGACGGUGGGCAAGGAGGCACUGGAGGAGUACUAUGGGCGAGAGCUGGUAUUGGCUGAUAGAGACAUGGUGGAGCAGGAGGCAGGAGAAAUCCUAAAGGGGGCGGAGAAAGAAGAUGUGGCUUUCCUGGUGGUGGGAGAUCCCUUUGGGGCCACCACUCAUAGUGAUCUGCUCCUGAGAGCAGUGGCUGCUGGGAUACCGUACAGCGUCAUUCACAACGCAUCCAUCAUGAAUGCAGUCGGCUGCUGUGGGCUACAGCUGUAUAACUUUGGUGAGACGGUGUCCAUCGUGUUCUGGACGGACUCCUGGAGGCCCGAGAGCUUCUACGACAAAAUCAAACGCAACCGAGACGCCGGGAUGCACACACUCUGCCUACUGGAUAUUAAAGUGAAGGAACAAUCUAUGGAGAAUCUGAUGAGGGGCCGUAAGGUGUAUGAGCCUCCUCGCUACAUGACGGUGUCUCAGGCUGCUUCUCAGCUACUGGAAAUCAUCAGCAACCGCAGAGACAGAGGAGACGACCUAGCGUUGACCGAGGACACGGUGUGUGUGGGUCUAUCUCGUGUGGGUGCGGACGACCAGCAGAUUCGGGCGGGAACGCUGCGGGAGCUUGAGUCAUGUGAGCUGGGCGCUCCUCUUCACUCAUUGGUCGUCACCGGCCAGCUCCACCCACUAGAGGUCGACAUGCUCCGCCUCUUCGCCUCAGGAACCAACGGGCUGGAGAGCCUGAAGAUGACGGACAGCUCCACCUACCUAUCAUGAGCAGCAUGAAGAUGUCAUCAGUGAAUGUUCAACACGUUCGCGAUGGGACGAAAAUCAUCACAAUGAAGUGGAUGAAGAGCACACACACACACACGCACACGCACACGCACACACACACACACACACACACACACACACACACACACACACAGACGCCAAUUUCGUACCAGAAUACAUUGCCAUUUUUCAGUGUGCUUGUGUGCUGCAUUCAUUUGAUGGGGAUUCUAACUGUUUUCGCCCUGUCUGGAAUACGGUGGUGGUCAGAGGGGUUGAGGAGCGUUGAGGAAACCUUGAAGGACUGAUGACAUGAGACUGUUUAUUGAUUACGAGCAUGUUUACGUGUGGAAAAAUGACGAGAUGAUUCUGAUUAUGUUGUUAUAUUGCUCUUCAUUCACAUGGGUGCUGACUGUGGGAGAGUGAGUUACAUCCAUACACAUCAAUGACUGGUGCCCCUGGGCAAAGCGCCGGUCUCCGCCACGGCCUGGCCCCAGAUGAAAAAAAGAUGACAAAAUCGGCAAAAAAAACGCUUGCAACUGCUGAUAAAAACAGCUAAUACCAUGUUAUUAUUAGUGUAAUAGCGUGGUAACAGCACAGAAAUAUGUUGUAAUUGUAAUAUGUAACUGAAAAUUGUCAACUUUUGGCAAUGGAGCCAAAGGUCCACACAAUGCAUUUUGCGUCACAUACAAAGUGACCUGUCAGCGCUCGGUGCCCGCAUGAACGAAGGGUAACACUGGCCUUACUGUACAUUACUGUAUGAGAACGUUGAGAGACUGUUGUCAUUGCGUUGAAAGAGACUUGUGCGAAUGUUGUUGUCAGAGACUGACCAUAAGAGACGUUUGUGAGUGUGAACACAUUGGUGUAAUGUUGUGGAAAAGUAAGUGUUGUAUGAGUGAAUUAGUAAGGUGUGUGUGUGGGUGCUUGCAUUCGAUCAGCUGAGUAAGUGUUGUUAGCUGAGUGGAUUGGAUCCAAGAUGAGCUUGGUGUGGGAGUUUGUGUGUGCGUGUAUUGAGGUGUGUGUAAUAAGCUGACUGGAUAGAAGGUGUGUGUGCGUGCGAGCGUGCGUGCUUGCGUGUGUGUUGUUUGUUUGUUAUCAGCUGAGUGGAGAGCCUUUUGAGAUCCAUAAUGAGGUCUCCAGGGGAGCUCCAUAUGCAUGUGUGUGUGUGUGUAUGUUUGUGUUUGUGUGUGUGUGUGUAUGUUUGUGUUUGUGUGUGUGCACGCACUCUCAGGGCCUUAUUACCCUGUUUGAUUGUGUGUGUCCCAAAUGGAGUGUGAGGGCGUGGCGUCCUGGAAAUGCCUUUACUGUAACACAGGAAGCAGAGCCUGAACACAAAACACACACACACACACAAACAUCUAAACACAUGCACAGCUACAUGCGUAUGUGUCCUUAUGUCCAGGCCUCAAGCCAACGGUGUGUGUGUGUGUGUGUGUUUUUAUGUACAUUAAAGUCAGUUUCAAAACCAG